CCCAGCGGCAUUGUUGUUUAGUUCGCGUUCAGCCGUGAAGCAGUUCGUACGUGGGAUUCUCGUCACGGCGGUUCCAUUCAAGUAGCGGUUCUUUGCCUAACUCGCCGGAAUAGAGCGGCCUGUGUGGUGUGUGCGUGUGUGUGUACGAGUGCUCCAGUACAGGACGAUUGUGCCACAACGGGGUGGCGAAUUUCAGGAUCGCUUGUUCGAUUCAAACCACGUCUCGACGGCCGGAAGCUACGAACUUCCGGUUUAAUGUGCCAACGCCGUGGUUUUCCAUCCAGUAUGUGAGCGGGGGUCGGCGCAACCCGUUUCGCGAGGGGUUGGUUGAUAAUAAUCGUGUCUGGCGAUUGCCUCGUGUUUUCGGUGCAGAUAACUGAAAGGUAAACGAGAAGCGAGCGAAAAGCGGUAGAGCGAGUGGGUGGAAGCGGGUGACUUCGAGGAAGCUACUACCCACUCGGAAUCGUACGCGAAAAGUUCAGAACAAAGUGAAGAUUCUUGUUUGGUGCGGGACGUUUGAUUUUGAAUGGCACGAGGAGUGCACUUGCUGCGGUGGAAAAUAUUUUAACGUUUCACACGGAGGAAUCAGAGAAUUGUACCGAACGUGGAAGAUUGCAGAAAGGUGUGUAUGAAAACGCGCAAUGCUGGAAAUCCUCACAGCACUGAAGGACCAGAGAACGAGCGAAGAAGCAUUGUUAUACUAGAAGUGUCUGGAUUGAGAUGUGUUGUGUGUCGGUAAUUUUUUUUACCGCGAACGAACCAGGCAAAGAAAAACGAGCUGUGGGGAGCGAUCGGCGGUCUCUUUCGGUUUGAAUGAAGCUUUAUUUAUUCAUGUUUCUUCAAUUUGCCUUCGUUAGGUUAUUGUGUGUAAAAAAUGAAAUAUUGAAUAAAUUGCUGAUAAUACUUAUCGCCGAAGAAGAGUGUUUGGGGUCUCUACCGGAGCAGAGGGGAUACAACCGCUAUUGCUGGAAUCUUUGUGCACUCGGUUUACGUCGAGCCAAGGCUCCGACCGAACUUGGGUGGUGGGUGGAUGACUAAAAGCUUUUAAAUUGUUCAUUGCAAUGUGUGUGUACGAUUUCGAGUGAAAUAGAUGGCCUCUUCAGCUCGUGAGUUCCUCCAGGACCUCGAUAAGUGUUGCAGAGGAUGGCCGGAAGUAAAACUACCCAUAAUGAAUAAACCUAUGUGCGGUCUUUCGGAGAAGAAUUUCCCAUAAAUUAAUUAAUAACCAGCCUUAUAAACGGCGAACGGUACCAACGCUGGAAAGGACAAUAAUGGAUUACCAAAUGGAACGCAGCAUGCUGUGGGUUGUGAUGUGAUGAUAGUAAAAUAGGAAAAUUUAAUAGUUUGUGAUGAUUAUCUAAUCAGUGCAACGGACAGCGUCGGAAUUCAGGUCCACGUCAGAAAACAAGAAAAAAGUGCAUCGGGUGAGCAGGAGGAGUUAAGGAUGUUGAAAAGAUCAGUGAAUGUUAAAUUAUCGAGCUUAAAUAAAAUCCGUGCCAAGUUGUGUUCGUGAGUGUUGCGGUCGUUAUUGUUGUAGGUACUGUAGCGGAUAAACCCGGUCAGGUGAGAUUUAUACCGGCCUCGCAGAAACCGAAAACAAAAAACGAAAAACAAACGCCGGUUUUUGGGUUGCAGAAGCGGCGAUACAAUCUGAACCAGUUUAGCGAGUGAAGCAAAGGAACAGGUUUAUUUUAUCGGACGGAAGUGCCAGUGCCAUGCCAUAGACCGGAGAAAAUCGCUGCGAACAGAGAGAAAUAAAAAUCAUCCCGGAAAUUGAGUCCGCGAAUUUGUGUCCGAAUCGCAAGGUUGCAGGAGAAAUUUAACGCUUCGUCUGACCUGCUACGGUGUCACGGGACCUAGCGCAUCUACGGUGGUCAGUCGAGGUUCACAGAAAGCUCCGGAUGCCGUGAAUAAUUAAUUCGAGGCUCAUUUAGUAUUGACGAUCCAGACAUCGGCAAUCGGAAAAUAUUUAUUCCGAUGCAAUGCCGGUGCUUAAUUAAAAUUCAAACUGUGCGCCAGUCGAGUGUGAGAGUUACAGGGCAGGUGAGUGUUCGGUUUAUGAUUGGAAGCGGCAAUUACGGCCGAAAAAAAAGCGAAACAUAAUAUUCUGCAGUUUGACUCUUUGACCCUUCUCCGGGGUACGAUCACUUGACGCUUUGUGAUGUGAUUGAUUGGCUCAGGGCGCCGCAGAAAGCGUCCCUGUUUCAGUAUUGUAGCAAGGAAGAGAUUGUUAGUUUUUUUUUGCAAUUAUAACAGCUUGCAAUUUAUACCUACCUGAGGCUGAAGUGAAAAAAGUGUGCCAAAUUUGAUUCGAUAAAUCGCCGAGCCGUUAAUUGGAUUUGCUAAUUGAUUGAAUAUUUGUGUGAAUGGAGAAAUAGUCCCAAGCGGAAGAAAGUGCCAACAUUUCCAAUCCAAGAUACUACCAGCAGAAACAAACAAAAAAUGGUGGAUAUUAGCUCAAUUAUCGAAGGAACCGUCAAGUUCCGUGACGGCAAAAAGUGGAAAUCACGAUGGUGCGUUAUGCGGAAACUAUCCCCAGUAGCAGACUGUCUCCACCUGCAGCUUUACCGGGAUUCAAAGGAUCGCUACAAGAACGGACAAACGAAGGCUUCGCUCUCGUUGCAGCACUUCCUAGGCGUCGAGUCCGGGUUCACGUUGGACAAGGAAUCCAACACGAUAGCAAUUAUUUGUCAAGAUGUGAUAGUGGUUCUAGCAUUUGACACCAGAGAAAGACUGAUACAGUGGCAGGUGAAAAUUUCCAACAACUUGGGAGAUGACUUGCAAUACUUGGUGCUGGUCUCGUCGGCGCCACCCAAGGCUAAACUGGCGACGGGACCAGCACGAAUGCACAUCCAGGAUCAUCGUUUCUGCUUGACGACGGGUGUUCCUCCGAGAUUGAAUGGGAUGUGGAACAUUCAACAUCUCAGACGGUAUGGCGUCGUAGACAAUCGUUUCUGCUUUGAGGGAGGAUCUAGCUGUGGGAAAGGCGAAGGGUUAUAUGUUUUCGUCACGGAUCUUGGAGAUGAGAUCACGCAUACUCUGAAGAUGGCAUCGCAGGGAAAAUUGGCCAGCAAAAAGCGAGCCGCUGCUAGAAAAAUAUCAGCGCUGGAUAGUCCUCGCAAAGGUGCUGAGUCUCGUUGCACCAACUACAAUGAUGAAAUCUGUUCGGUACAUAAUGAAAAUUCCACGUGUACCUGCCGAAGCGCUUAUUGGCCCUCUACUGAAUCCAGAGAUAUAGAUAGUAACUAUGGUUGUGGUGAUACGGCUUCUGUGUCCGAAGGACACGACAGCAUAAACGAUAUGGACUCGUUUCCUCGUACCGUGGCCAACUUGGAACGCUGUAUGAGUUGCAUAUCCAAACUGGGAGCUCCUUCGAUGUCCCGUAGUUCAACGGUAACAGGAACACCGGGUGCUGUGGCACCGAUGGCCGCCUGGCACACCUUGACUGAGCAUAACAAUCACAUUAACCAAUCACACAUUUCCAAACCACCAGCCUUAGAUAGGAUGUCUCUUUGUUCACACGGUAGCAGCAAUAAUUCAGAGUAUUCCAUCCCCCGUCAAACGUGCGCUCCUAGUCAGUAUGGUUCCGAAUCGUGGUACGAGAAAGUCCCUGCAACACAGCUCACUUGCAUGCACAAUCGUCCCACAUCCCCUUGUCAGUGUUGUCCACCGGGAAGACCUCCGAAACCGAAGGAUAUUUCACUUCAUAUAACUGCACCCAUUCAUUCGGCUAUGAUGUCCUGCAAAUCCCCUCAACCAAGUCACGUCGGCCCGUACGAAAACUAUGACAUCCCAAAGACUCCCGUGGCCGUCGAUGAAACUGGCAGUUCGGUGGAAAAUUACGAUACACCUAAGAAAAUACAAGAGUACCUGUUGAAAGAGGCAACCAGCAGUGGAAAGAGCGAAGUUGGCAACUAUGGUAACUACGACACGCCUCUUUCACUUAGCAAUGCAGUGUGUGGGUGUUUGAAGGGUGGCGACAGUCAGAGUGCAUCCAAACCGGAUAAGGAAUUGGUCGGUCCUCGUGUUGAUUGUACCUGUAACCGAGUGAUGUCCUGGGCUGACAACUGGAUUUCACUUCCGCUGUGCAAACGAGGGAACGGGAUCGAAAAUACGGGUGUUGUGAUCAAUAAAAUUAAACUCAGCGGCGAAGGAAAGAUGCCGGUUGUAGAUGCCAGUAAUGAAAAUGCCAUUUAUGCAACAGUAGAUAUGACGAAGAAAAUUCGAAAGCGAUUGGAAGAUGCGUGUGAGUGCGACAAAACGGAAAAUGAGAACGGAAAAAGUAACCCUAAAUCCAGUUACGACAACUACGAAGAUGUUGAGGUAGCUCCCGAACAUCAAAAGGCAAAUUACGCCAAUCUGGAAUUUGAAAAAUCUCUCGAAAACUACGAGAACUCCAAAGAAGUUCUGCAGAGAGCGGGUCUCUCUGUACACGAUUUUGAAUGCAAUCAUAAAGUCUGUCAAAAAUGUGGUCAUCCCACCGUGAAAACGGUUGAAGUCGAAGACGUCAAAACGGAAUCUCAAAUGGUGGACAAACAAGAAAAUUACGUAAUGAUGGAACCCACAAACCUAAAGUCGAAAUUUCCCGGUUAUAUCCCAAUGUCUCCUGCGGCUCCAUCGAUCGUCAGUGAUGAUGAACCGCGUCCAACAUCUCCCACUGCCCCGCCAUUACCCUUCAAAUCAGAUUUACUGAAGCAACGAAUGAGUCGCAUCAUAGGAGAGAAGUCAGCUAGCAAUCCAAGCCUUUGUGGUCCAGCGAUUGAUCGAAGCAGAAAACGAAUAGACGACGAAUCGCGAGUCCCGGGAAGUGCUAUGUUGAAGGCAACUACUAGUCCUUACACUCGGAAGCAAUUGCUGGAUCACAGUGAUCUUCUUCCUUGUGAUAAAAGACUAUCUCCACGGAAGCGAUCGGCUUCUGCUGAAUCAUCGCGUUUCCUCGAAGAUGGUGAAGAUGCUGAAAGUCCCCUCAGUGGAACUGCGUCACCCAGCACUGAGACCCUUCGUAAACCUUCAACAUCCACCUGCAACAUCGAAAUCCGACGAUCAUCGUCUCCUUGUGUGCACCAAGAAACAGAACCAUGCUCCGUGGAAACAUGCUGCAACAAAGUGACGACCACAGCGGAAACGGAAGAUGACAUCUCUGUGUCUACCAAUCCUAGUCAAAAUUCGCAAUCAGUGUACAUCCGGCGAUCGGAAAGUGUUCCCUGUAAGGCACAAAAUCGAGACAGUUCUAGCUCCAAUGAUUCUGGUGUAUCUACCGGGUCUCUACGACAACGGGGAACUGAUUUCACAGAAUUUGAACUACCGCUCACCACGGCAAUGUCCGCUCGGAGACAUCAACGGCACGUACUACCGCAACAAGGUUGUGUACAUUCGUCACUUCCACGGAGAUCCAAAUCGUUCGAUCCACUUCGUGAGUUGACAUUCCAGUUCCAGAAAAUUCGCGUACCCGAAAAGAGUACAUCAGCAGAAGCAGAGGUUCCGAUUUGUCCACCAAAAACGAAGUCCUAUGGAAGUCCCGAUGUUAUGACCACAACUACGACCCCGUAUAUUGAUUCACGAAGUACCAGCAGUGGAACAUCAGACAUGUCCGACUACAUUGAAACGCUCUCGCUAUCCAGCCACAGCUCAUCUGACACACCCGAAGGAAUGAGACAUAUACGACAGGCGACUUCCACGCUACGACCACGAUCCGGCAAGGAGUACCAAAACAUCGAUCGUUCCAUCCUCUCACUCACACAAGCCGGUAGCGAAUCGUCAUUGAAACAUCCGGGUACACCAUCACAGUUGCGAGGGCUAUUGUCCUGUUCGGCAAACUACGCCAACAUCACACCCGUCCCGGAGAACGCCGAAUCGCCCAGUCCAGGCUACCAGAGCGGAACAUCACCACAGGAGGCACAGGGUCAACACUUCAUGUUCAAGAACUCGUCCUAGGUUCGUGAGCAUUAUCAAUCGGUCAACAAAUGAAAGCAAUAAAGACUAACUUUUAUAUAUAAGCAUAAACAAAUAGAGAAUCAAAAUACCUUUCUAUAUAGCAAACGAAACAAGGAUCAUUGCCGUGUAUUGUUUUGUAGCGAAAAAAAAACUACCCAUCUGAACAGAAGUAGAACGGCUAUCCAGUCGAGAUCCCACUGCAUGGGGGAAGGGACAGAAUCGAGAACCAGAUCCGACAGGAUGCAGCGUUUGUUUUCGUUUUAUUUGGUCCGAAUAAUUACUUUCCUUUUUUCUUGCUGUGCACUGGUUUUGAUUGCUUUGUCUUCCUAUUCAUUGAUUUUUAACCUACAGGGCAAACACAUUUUUACUAACAUCUGAAGCGCCCUUUCUCCCACACAGCCACACGGAAAAUGUCUGAAUCAAGUGGGUGGUAAUCCUUGGGGUCGAUAAGCCUCCAGCCAAAGACAAACACAGUGGUUCCUUACCGCACAUCAGAUGACUGACACACUCACCAAUCUCUCUGGAUGGGAAUGAGCCGGAGAGGGGGAAGGCAAACAAUAGAAAAUGAGGCAGAAAAAAUGGAAGAAGAUUACUACUAUGGCAGGUUUUACAUGGGUGGAAAAAGUAACAAACGAACCGACGAGAGAACAAACACACUACAUUUCCUUCCUUGACGUGGAACUUGGCCGCGAAGUUUGCUGGGAAUCUACUGCGAUGCUACCGGCAGAGACUUUGGGCGGUUGAUGUGAACAAGGCCAUCGAAUCGGAAUCCGAAGAAUAUACGCUUUCUUUGGUUUCUGCGGGCACAUUGAUGUGGGUGUUUUGGAAAACUCGUGGCAAACAAUAUUGAUUCGUCAUUCGGCGAUACAGCCGACAGAUUUCCUUUGUUAGAUGCUUACCAUCGAUCCGUAAUGAGCUCAUGGGUAGACAUCCUUCCCGGUAGAUGCUUGUGUGCUCUUGAUAUCCUGAAAUUUCCUGCUUCUUGCCUUCUGUGGAUUGUGGUAUUUAAACUGAGCGUCCGGGAAAUACUCUCUAAACAGUACGAUUGGAUAAGGGCUCUACUUCUGGGAAGGGCGGUGGCGAUAACUUUAUACAAUCCUCAAACACAGGAAAGCAAACAACAACGACUUUUUAUUGUUUUUGUUAUAGGACACAAAUAGUGUACGUAUCUCUAAAGGAGCAUUUUUAUUGAACUGUGUUUUGUUGAACUAAACUUCGAUAUUCGAUAAAAUGUAGAUCUCCAAAGGAAUAUUGGGUGAAUAAAAUUUGUAAAAGUUCCGAGCGAAACUUUUAUUCAAGUGCUAGUCUUACGCUAACAAAAGCCCCGUUUAUUGAACAGAUUGCAGGAAGUUAUUGUUGUACAUAUAUUUAAUAUUAUAUACAAUUUGUGUAACAUAAACGAUUGCCAAAAUACCUAUAACGGAAUUACGGAAUAUUUAUUGAUAUACCCAAAACAUACUUAACAUUACUGCAUAUAUUCGAAUAAUAGUAUAUACGAUUGAGGAACUUCUUUUCGAACCAUGUGUAUUUAAGACUUACUAAGCAACCCAUCUAUUUCGUAUGUAAAUACAGUACCACUUUUCUCAGAGUCCAUUUCUCAUCUAAAUACUAGUUUCAUCUAAUUCGAGUCCCAUCUACGAUUUUACCCUUUCUUUCACAACAACACUAACCACCACAUACGUUAUACAUUACAUCACAUAAACAGUAUCAUUUCCAUUGCGCUACUCACACAAAAUUUACCAGAAAGAGGAAAAAAAAACAAACAUACAAAUAAUCGAAUCAACCAACAAACCUAGUAAAAGCAAAUCAACUCAAGCAUAGCAUAAGUCGUUAAUCGAAGGCUAAAGGAAUAACGUAAAUCGAAGAUAUAGUUGUGUUUUCGUGAUGAUGAGUAUUUAUUUUGCAACUUUUACUAAUCCUGGGAAGAAAAAAAUGCGCAUUGUUUUGUUCCGAAACCAAAUCCAGCUAGAGUAAUUUUAUCACACCAAAAAUAAAAACGAACCCAAAUAUACCAAAUAUCGUACUAGCUCAAAUGUUUAACAUUCGGAAUUGGAUUGGUUCUAAUGAAGGUAUUUGCUUCGAGUCCCGAUGAAAAAAUGAAAAAAAUGAAAAAUGAACAAACAAAUUACAACCAUCCAACAAUCGAAUCCACAGUUAUGAUUUACUGCGGACAAUGCAGACAACGGCAGAACAGGGCAAAUCGGAGAUUGAAUAUGAGGGAAAGGUGAAAUUGGUUUUUCACGAAUUUUAUUUAUACUAUUUUUAGCAUUCGGAUAGUCGUGAACGUAGAAAGUUUUAUAUUUUAUAUACACAAUGUGAGGAAUUUGAUCUUGUGGAAAAAAGUACUAACCUUGUAAAUAGCACAACUUUUUUUUUUGUUUUCUUUGAUGCGGGACGGUUUUGAGGUGGCGCAACAGCGGAACUUGAUUUGGCAUCCUUUGUCAGAUGUAGAAACAGAUAGGAAAAAAAAGCAAGGAUUGAACGCGACUACUCCUUGUAACCGGUGAAACGGACAAACGUGGAAGAAAGUUGACAAUGUAUACACCCAUUGAUAUGAAGAAAGAGACAAACAACAAAGUCCGAAUAAACUAUCGAAACUUUCAUAAAAUGUACUCACAAAA